CGCUAGCUCGAGCCGGGAGAGUCUGGGGAGACAGCGUUCAGCAAAGCGAGCGUAUCGACUGAAGGUCUCUACACGUAUCGCUUUAGCCAGUGCUUCCGACACCACAUCGCUUAACCGCCGCGAGACGCCGCGAGACGCCACAGCGAGACCUCGCCGCCAGCGCUCGCUCGCAAAUAGCACCGCUGCGCAGCGCCGGGCGCACGCACGCCAGCCGCCGCGACGUAAAAACAGUCGCCGCGACGUAAAACAGCCGCUGCGACGUAAAAAGGCCUCGUUACCGACGAUGGCCGACCUCGCCCCCAUGGACCAGGACGAGGACAUGGCCGACGGCCCGCCCGACGACGGCGUCGACAUUUUGGAGGAGGCCGCGCCGGACGAGGACGAGGCGAAGCCCACGAAGCCGAACGCGGUCCGGGUGACGACGCGCUACAUGACGAAGUACGAGAAGGCGCGCGUGCUGGGCACGCGAGCCCUGCAGAUCUCGAUGAACGCCCCGGUGCUCGUCGACGUGGCCGGCGAGACGGACCCCCUGAAAAUCGCCAACAAGGAGCUGCGCGACCGCAAGAUUCCGCUCGUCGUGCGGCGGUACCUGCCCGACGGGUCCUACGAGGACUGGCCCAUCCGCGACCUGAUCAUCGACUAAUAAUAAUGUUCA